AUGCUGUUUGGCUUCGUCCCUUUCAAAGGCAGGGUCGGGGCGCGGUUGCCUCCGAAUGGAGAGCUUACUCUGGCCCCACCGCUUUCUGUGCCCCGCUCCACUCCCCACCCCUUCAUUGUAAAUAGUCACUUUUGUACUGGUUUGAGCCAGGGGACGUGGGGAGUCAUUUUUUUUCUUUGUGUUGGCAUCUCAGGCCAUUGGAGGCAUGGCCCACAUCCCAGUUUGAUUUGGGAGAAUCCCAAGACGUGUCCCCUCACCUGCCCCCAGUGCGUAGGAUUUCAAUAUAUCAGUAUUAACUCUUAA